ACACUAACGCCAUCUAUAUUCCACUGAAAUAGAAAAUGGCGAUCUGAUUUUACCUGUGCAAUAUACCUACUAAGAAAAAAAGAAAUGGUUCACAGAUCACCGUAUUAUUUGGCUCUAGGGCUUAUGAUCCUAUCCCUAGUGUUAUGUGGAGUCGCAUAUGGUACAGGGCAUUGGUAUAUAGGAGGUGGACAUGAUAACAAGUUUGAAAGAUUAGGUUUAUGGGAAGCUUGUUUCAAUGGAUAUGAACACACAAGCGAUUAUAUUGGAAAAGCCUACUACGGCUGCUGGUGGAUGUUUCACAAAGAAUAUAGUUAUGUACGUGGAUGGAUGAUGCCAUCCUGGUUUAUUAGUGUACAAUCAUUAAUGUCAUUUGCUGUGGUUUUUGAAAUUCUCUCUGUUGUGGUAUUAAUAAAAGUUGGAAAAUCUACAGGACACGAUAAAGCUCCUCUGAUUGCAUGUGGUUUAACAAUUAUCAACACAUUCUGCAUUGCAGUUUCAGUAAUAGUUUUCGGAGUUAUGAUCGGUGAAGAUCGAACUUGGAUGCCAAGAUUCGAUCUUGAUUACUUAGGUUGGUCCUUCGGCCUUGCAGUUCUCAGUGGAUUUUUCUCGGCGUUCGCUGCCAUAUCAAUAUGUACCUAUACAUUGAUGUUGAAAUACGAAGCUCUACCAAAAUACGAUGAAUCGACGGCCAGUUUAAAGGGAUACCCAGCUUAA